UUCCGGUUUCGGUCCCCAUCCAUUACAUUCAUUCAGGGCGGCAGUGUACAUUGUUGUCCCUUUCAGCUUCCUGGAAUCAACAUAUAAGGAUGCUACAUCAUUUGUAAUGCACUCUUGAAUCUUCAGCUGGACCAUAUCCAUUUUUGCACGUAUAUUUAAUUGAUGGGAGAAGAACAAACCAAAGGCCAAAUGAACGGAGCAGCAUUCCCCUCUCCCACUGCAGAGAUGGCGGAGAUGAACCGCAUCCACUACGAGCUGGAGUACACAGAGGGCAUCAGCCAGCGCAUGAGGAUUCCAGAGAUGCUCAAAAUUGGCCCCUACGGUCAUGACAACCCCGAGGCAGGCUCACAUGACCUGCACAACGUCAUGAUGCAGGUCCCAGAGAGGAUCGUAAUGUCAGGAGACAGUGAGGACUCUCAGUUCCCCAGGCCCAGAGACCUGGACUUGAUCCAGUCCACCCCGCUAGAGAGCCUGUCCCUGAAGACCCCUCCUCGGGUCCUCACCCUCAACGAGCGGCCACUGGACUUCAUGGAAAUGGAGCGCAGUGCAGCCCCAGCCCAGCCCAGUGAGGAGGUGCGUUUGCAAGGGCGGUUGCGGCGGGAACGUUCAGCCAGCGAGAACACCACUGUCCGUCACAAUGGCCAGAUUGCCAGAAACGAUUCAACUGUGACCCCGUUCCCCCCAGCCCCUCUUCGCGUCUUCCCCCCUCUCGCCAUGGCCGAGGACGAACAGAACCUGUACAGCGCUAGCGGCGUUCUCUCUUUCAUCCAGUCCACCACGCGCCGGGCCUACCAGCAGGUCUUGGAGGUUCUGGACGAGAACCACCGCAGCAAGCCGUCACUGCGAGGGGGGUCUGCCUCGACCUCUAACCCCCUGCAUGAAUCCAGGCUUAACCUGGCCACUCUAGACACUACUCUGGAUGUUUCCAUGGCUCCUGAUGACAUGGCUGUCGUAGAUGCAGCAACGCUUCGACGUCAGAUCAUCAAGCUGAACCGGAGGCUCCAGCUCAUAGAAGAGGAGAACAAGGAGAGGGCCAAACGUGAGAUGAUCAUGUACUCCGUCACCGUAGCCUUCUGGCUUAUCAACAGCUGGGUUUGGUUCCGCCGCUAGAAUCCUUUUCUCGGAACCACUGACAGAGAGUGGAGAACAUAGAAGAGGAGGGGAGAGGCUAUGUUUCAAAUGGUAGACAAAUGUACUCUCUGCAUUUAGCCACAGUGCUGGACAGCCUUGCUCUUGGGCAAUGGGAUGUUUGAUUUCAUUUUAUUGUAUACAUGUACUUGUAAUUAUUUUUUACAAUGCUAUAUUUUUUUUGUUGCUUAAGAAUCAAAGAAUGACUCGGCUGUAAAUAUUUCUUCAUGUUACUCAGUUGUUAUCAUUGCUCCUGAGGUAUUUCCAACAGAUAAGAGGUCUAAAGAAAAUUAUAACAUAAGACGCAUCGAAAUGGGUUAAAUAUUUAUUGGGAAUUGGAAUGAUGUGAAAAGAUAAAAAAAUAAAUAUAUAUUGUGAAGCACUGCUGUUAUAUUGUAAGAUAAUACAUAAUGUAAAAUUGACUAAUGGUUUUAAUUGAUGUAUAGUACUGCAAGGAAAUAUAAAGUCACACUGUUGCUAUUACACUAUUCAUUAUGUUAUUAUUAUUUAUUGAUUAUGUAUGGCCCAUAUCCACCAAGCCAUAAGCAUGAUAUGCUUUUUCUCAUAUUUUAUCUUCAGUUACUACCUUUUUUGUUUUACCAAGUACUUUCUGGCUGAAGCACAAUGUUAUCAAAUUGGUUGUAGUUUUCAGUUGUAAUGUACCAGCAUAUUAUGCUGAGAGUCAUGCAAUUUUAUUGGAAUAAAUGACAAAAUAGCUAAUUUGGA